CUGGUGACCAAUCCCGAUAGCAUCUCUGGUCACAGUCAACACUUCACCUCCGGACCGUGUCUGUGUGUCUGUCAUCUAUCUGGCGUCCACCUCAAAGAGAGUCGGGGUUCUGGUGUUUUUGGUGGGGAAGUUUUCUGUAGUUUUGAGACACUACGGAAAGUCAGAAUGUCAGAUUUCGACAGCAACCCGUUCGCGGACCCGGAGAUCGACCACCCGUUCCAGGAUCCAUCAGUGACACAAGUACGACAGGCGGCUCCUCCGGGGCUGGAGGAGUACAAUCCCUUCACAGAUGCCAAACCAACGCCUCCGGGUAUGGCGCCCAAGGCCGCGGCGCCCACCAUCAACACACAACCCGCCAUCAUGAAACCCACGGAGGAGCCUCCGGCCUACUCGCAGUCUCGGCCGCAGGAUCAGUCCGGAGCUGCUGCUGAGCUGUUGAGGAGGCAGGAGGAACUGGAGAAGAAGGCUGCUGAGCUGGACCGCCGGGAGAGAGAAAUGCAGUCACUCAGCGCUUCAGGAGGCAAGAAGAACAACUGGCCCCCCCUCCCGGAGAAGUUCCCCGUGGGCCCGUGUUUCUAUCACGACAUCACAGUGGACAUUCCUGUAGAGUUUCAGAAGACGGUGAAGAUCAUGUACUACCUCUGGAUGUUUCACACGGGGACGCUGCUCGCUAACAUGGUGGGCUGCCUGGCCUGGUUCUGUGUGGACGCCACGCGCGGUGUUGACUUCGGCUUGUCCAUCCUCUGGUUCAUCCUCUUCACGCCUUGUUCCUUCGUCUGCUGGUACAGACCGCUUUAUGGAGCAUUCAGGAUCGACAGCUCGUUCCGGUUCUUUGCUUUCUUCUUCGUGUACAUCUGUCAGUUUGGCAUCUACGUGCUGCAGUGUAUCGGCAUCACCAGUUGGGGCACCAGCGGGUGGAUCUCAGCUCUGACCGGCCUGAAUUGCAGCGUCCCAGUGGGCAUCAUAAUGCUCCUCAUCGCUGCCCUCUUUACCGCAGAGGCCGUCCUGUCCCUCAUCAUGUUCAAAAAGGUCCACGGGAUGUACCGGACCACCGGCGCCAGCUUUGCGAAGGCCCAGCAGGAGUUCGCCACGGGCGUCAUGUCCAACAAGACAGUCCAGACGGCCGCUGCUACUGCCGCCUCCAGGGCCGCACAAGGGGGCUUCAAGGAGCAGAUCUGAUUGGCUCAGAGAGCUCACUCAUCUCUCCGUCCCACCCUUCCUCCUCCUUCCUCCUCCUCCUCUGCUCACACCCAGCUUCCACUAGAGCCAACUGUCCUGUUUGAACACAUGGAGAGCCCCCCCCCACCCUCAGCCUUCUGACAAUAUCCAGUCAAACGUGAUCUCAGUCCACCGCCGUCAACAGUAUUCAAACAGGGCGGCGGCUCUCAUCACCCACGCUGCACUCCUGCCACUCGACCAGCGUACCCUACUUUAUUUUCUGUCUCUCUCUCUCUGUGUGUGUGUGUGUGUGUGUGUGUGUGUGUGUGUGUGCGUGUGUGUGUGUGCGUUUGUGCGUGCGUGCGUCUUCAAAUGUCCGUCCUCUGAAGAAGGAU